CACAACGGAUGGCGCUCAUUGGAUUAAUACAACUCUCGCGAUGAUCCGGUCUCUUCCUUGGCCGUCGUUGACUGAGGUUAGUCGUGCUAUUUUUCUAGUGACUGGCUUUUAUGUCUCAAAAUGCCUCUUAAUGUCAUUAAAUUCGCGUUUUUAUGGAUCGUAUGUCAACUUACCUUUCUGAUACUUUAGAUUAUGUCUUUUGUGUCGACGGAUGGCCGUUUUAUAACAGAAAAUAGAGAAUAGUAGAAAGGCUUCGGUGAAUGGGUUGCAGUAAUGGGUAAAGUUAGCGGGCCUUCCAUGUGUUCAGAUUUCAGAGACUGCAGGACGUGGAGAAGAGAGCUCAUUAAACUGUAUGGAUAAGUUCGUAAAUGUUAUUUGAAUAUAUAUCCUCCAUGUGGUCUAGUUAGCUCAUACGAAGAUGUGGUAGUCAAAAAGGACCGGCGGCUAAGUAGAGCUAGCUUAGCUCUAACAGACCUGGUCCAGUCUGCAGUUGGACUUAGACAGUCCAGCUCCUCUUCCAGGUUACUUCGAGUGUGUAGUCCGGGUAUUAUUUGUGUAAAACUACACAUAUUGUCUUAUUUAGAAGCCUGUUGUUCCCAGUAAGUGUUGAUCUGGUGUUUUCCCCCUCAUCCUGGUCUGAAGGAUCAUGUCAGGUGUGUCUGAAGAGGAUCUGCUGUUUUAUUAAAAGAUGAUCAUUUUUCUCUGCAGAGACAAAGGCCAUGUUCAGUACCAACGCCAAAAUAGUGAAGGCCAAUGGCGAAAAGCCAGACGAGUUUGAGUCCGGGAUCUCCCAGGUAAGAGCUGCAGGUCCCACUUUCUCAGGUACAUGGGGAGGGGGACUGUUAAUGUUAUAAAUACGAUUAUUCAUGUUGCUGUUAAGUUGAAUAUAUUGAAUUUUAAUCUAAGUGGAGUCGGCCAAGGGUUUGUCUCAGCUGUCAUUCUGGUGAAAUGGACUGUUCAGCACUUUCUAUGGUUUUCUGACCCUUCAAAGACCAGGACCAGACUGAAAACUUUAAAAUUAGAGAGCCACAUUUUUAAUUAGGGUUUAGAGAUUAAUACAUAUGUUUUCUAGUGUUUAGGCCCAUAUUAAUACUGAUCACUUCCACGGUCUAAAUUUAGUGAAUCAGUGCCGAUAUGACUUUCAAGGGGCUGGUAUCACUGUUAUCGGUCCUAACAAAAACGCAUCAGCACCUUUAUCAAAUCUAAAAUACUCAGUGGUUAGUGUUUGAGUUAAAUGCUGUCAUGAUGAUCAGAAGCAGCAACAUAAAAAUAGUGUGGAAGGGGACCACAGGGUUUUUAGAAAAACUACAACAUUAAGGUGGGACCAGAGUCACUGCAGCCAUUGUGUCUUCAGUGUAAACACAGAUGAGAUGGAGGACUUGGAAGUGAUGCUUAAAAUCUGCCAGACCUGUUUUCUGUCAAGCUUUGAAAACAGAUCAGUAUCUGUUUCCUGUUAAUAAAUCCAGUGAAACAGUGAGCUAGCUUUUAUGCUUUUGUAGGUCUCUUAAAAAUGGAAGGUCAUCCAUCUGUCAGUAUGUGUAUCAUAACUGUGCUCGUUUCAUUGCAGGCUCUGCUCGAGCUGGAGAUGAACUCUGACCUGAAGGCUCAGCUGAGAGAGCUGAACAUCACAGCAGCGAAGGUGGGAGCUUUAAAGGAAUAUUUCACAUAUUUAAGUGUUUUUCUCCAUAACAUAAACGUCUCAGUUUCAUUGAGUGUAGAACAUUUGAAACCUGAGUAUCUGGACAUAAAUGUUCAAAUCUACCCGACGUGGUCAUCCAGAGAGCUCGUCUCCUGGCUCUGUCCUGGUGGCGUAUGGGAGCGUAGCCUUUGAGCGAGGACGUACAUUCCCGUUCCACAACGUCGAACAGAAAGCUCUGUCCCCGGCUGCUGGUCGGUGAGGACGGGCGUCCUGCAUAUUCCUACAUCUUCCCAGAGUCCCUUGGGGCCGUGACUGGGGAGCUAAACCAUGCAGUGCACAUGAUCUCAUGGACAAACCUGUGUCCUUUGUUGGUGUUAAUGUCUCCUCAAACAGUGGACGGAGGUGUGGAGUGUUACUCAUAAUGACCCUGUUCUGUCUGUAGGAAAUCGAGGUUGGUGGCAGCAGGAAAGCCAUCAUCAUCUUCGUUCCUGUUCCUCAGCUGAAGUCCUUCCAGAAGAUUCAGGUGCGUCUGGUGAGGGAGCUGGAGAAGAAGUUCAGUGGAAAGCACGUGGUCUUCAUCGCACAGGUGAGGAUGAUGAUGUCUGUGUGCGCUCUGUAUUCUUGUUUAAUGAUACUGAAGAGUGACAGUUUAUAGAUGUUUUCCCUGAAGCUGAUGAGCUCACUGAAGAAAGCUGCUGAGGUGAAGUGGAGGCUUUUCUGCUUCAUGUCGAUUUAUAGUGUGGAGGUUCAGUCUGGAGAAGCUCAGUCCUGACAGGAGAUCAAACAGUUUUGUUUUCCAGCAGCACAAUGUCAGUGUAAGAAAACAUCUCUAAGGACAUGUGAUCGCUGCAGUGAGGGUCACUUUGCCUCUGCAGGGAUGUUAUCAACAAGUGCUUCAAAGUUUGUCCUGUUUGAGACAGAAAAACUGAAGUUUGAUCUUCUAUUUUUGAUCUGAGCAGGCUGUAAAAUAAUUUAGGCUCUAAAAGGUUUCAACUAAAACAGAUCAGGUGUAAAGCAGAUCAUUUUUAUGGGUCUGGAUACCCAACCCGACGUGGUCAUCCAGAGAGCUUGUCUCCUGGCUCUGUCCUGGUGGCGUAUGGGAGCGUAGCCUUUGAGCGAGGACGUACAUUCCCGUUCCACAACGUCGAACAGAAAGCUCUGUCCCCGGCUGCUGGUCGGUGAGGACGGGCGUCCUGCAUAUUCCUACAUCUUCCCAGAGUCCCUUGGGGCCGUGACUGGGGAGCUAAACCAUGCAGUGCACAUUAUGUAACGCGAUAAAAUCAUAUGUUUGUAGAUCUGAACAUUUGACCUGCUGAAGUUUUCUGCAGAUUCUGAAAGUCAAUCCCAUUGAUCCGUCUGACUGAUGUUUCUUAGUGGUAUUGUCAUAAAUUUAGAGUCGAGCUCUUUUCUAAUGUCAGUAAAUGUUGAAUCGAAGUUUAAUCAGCUGUUUUGUGGUUUUCAGAGGAGGAUUCUGCCCAAACCCACCAGGAAAAGCCGCACGAAGAAUAAGCAGAAGCGUCCCAGAAGGUGAGCAGAAACCCUCAGACUUUAUGACAGGCUGAAUUUUACUGUGAUUGCUCCAGGACUUUAUGGGAUGGUGGUGUGUGUAAAGUGUUCAAAAUAAGUUUGACUAUAUUCUGUAUCUGUCUUGAAGAACUUUGGUGCUGUGACAUGUUUUCAGACUCAUAUCUUGGGUCAUCAGGCUGGACACUCUCAGUUUGACUCAACUUAAUUAAGAAUCCUACAAAACGAACUUUAAACAGUUUAAAGCCAAACGUCAGUUUUACAUUUUAGGUCUUUUUUGCCGUUUAAGUCCAUGACCUAAAUGACAGUUUAAUAUUUAUGUAGCUGAGUUGUGGACAGACAUGUUUGUCGUCUAACUUAAGAUAGUCUAAUGAGGGACGUGAAGUAAACCCUGAUUUUCUGUUGAUCACAGUUGUCCCUUUUACAGAGAACCUUCAUCUUUUUUCCCCCUUAAUUCCUGUUAAAGUCUCGCCACACCACUGACCAAAAAAUCAGCAUUCAAAGAUUAAAGCACCUUGAUUCACCUGCAGAUGAUUUUCUCCAUUAUUUACCUAAAGUUUCCUUUUAUAACUGUAGAGAAAAACAAAAGUCUAAAAUUGGAGGACAGUCAUCACCAUGAGGUGAAGGGAUGCUGUGCAGGUGGAGCUCAAAUCCAGACUGUUUUUGUCCUUUUUAAGAGCAGAAGGUCAGAUUUAAUGUCUGGUUCUGGUCCAGUGGAAGAAGCCCCUCAGUGAGAACCAAACUCUAGAUAUUCUCUGAAAUCUGGAUCACAGUAAGAAGAUCUUGUGCAGCAUCUGAGCCUCAACAGCAGCUCAGUGUUUCCAGAACCAGCACACCCUGAAACAGAAGCAGCUGUAACUCUGCUGUUCAGAGAGUGAAGGGAAAACCUCUGUAGCUGAAUAAAGUCAAUAAGAAAACUUGAGUCUUCUGUGAGGGUGAUGUUAUUACCCGACGUGGUCAUCCAGAGAGCUCGUCUCCUGGCUCUGUCCUGGUGGCGUAUGGGAGCGUAGCCUCUGAGCGAGGACGUAUAUUCCCGUUCCACAACGUCGAACAGAAAGCUCUGUCCCCGGCUGCUGGUCGGUGAGGACAGGCGUCCUGCAUAUUCCUACAUCUUCCCAGAGUCCCUUGGGGCCGUGACUGGGGAGCUAAACCAUGCAGUGCACAUAUUUGUUACUUAAACAACUGUGGUAUUUCCACUUCAGAGACAGAGGAACAAGAACAACAUUUUGAACUGCUUUGAAAAAAAAAGGUUUUUAUCAUGUGUGACACGUUUUAUCUUCAGUCGUUGAUUAAUGAUCCUUUUUAUUUUUAUUUUAAUGUGAUCACACUCAUUUCAAAACCUGCUGCAAGUCUGUUAGAAGCCCUUUGGUGCCUGUCUGUAAACUCUGAGGCUCCCUGGCUGUAGUUGAACCUCUUGAUGUAGUUUCUUUGUAACAUCAGACUCUGAGUGUUUGAGUGUUGUGGCGUUUAUAUUAAUUCUCUGCCUUCCCCUUCAGCCGUACUCUGACAGCGGUCCAUGACGCCAUCCUGGAGGACCUAGUGUUUCCCAGCGAGAUCGUGGGCAAGAGGAUCAGAGUGAAACUGGACAGCAGCAGGCUCAUCAAGGUCCAUCUGGACAAGGCACAGCAGAACAACGUGGAACACAAAGUAAGAUCCCUGAAAACCUCUGCAGACGUGUCUGUCCUGAAACCAUGUCCACGGGUCACCAUAGAAACAGCUGAGAGUAAAUGGGAUUUUUAGGUUUAUGCUGAGUUGGUGACAUAAACGUGGGUUUGUUCUGAUGAAGCUUUCUGGUCAGGAGGUUCAUGUUAUUGAGUAAUUAUUGUAGUUUUUAAACACGUGUGUCUGGCGCUGGUGCUUCUGUAAAUCAGGACCAGCUUAAGUUUGUGUUUUUAGUUUUCCAAUAAAUAAAGAAAAGCUUGAUCAGAUAAAGAACUUUUAAAAACCAGGUUUGUGAAGACCUGAUAUUAAACCUGCUUCAGGAAAACCAGCAAUGCCUCAAAAAGCUUUUUCCAUCCUGGUAAACUGUGCGGUUAUUCAGCACAGUUCUUACCCGACGUGGUCAUCCAGAGAGCUCGUCUCCUGGCUCUGUCCUGGUGGCGUAUGGGAGCGUAGCCUCUGAGCGAGGACGUACAUUCCCGUUCCACAACGUCGAACAGAAAGCUCUGUCCCCGGCUGCUGGUCGGUGAGGACGGGCGUCCUGCAUAUUCCUACAUCUUCCCAGAGUCCCUUGGGGCCGUGACUGGGGAGCUAAACCAUGCAGUGCACAGACUCCAGAGAACCAGAAGAUGAUCAAAUGUUUAAUGAGUUUUUUUUUUUUUAAUUUCUAUUUUUUUUUUUAAUAGUAAUAACGAUGAUGCGUUUCCUGUUUGACUUGUAGCUUAUUUUUUUUCAUUUAUGUUGCAGAAUAAAAUAGUUACUAAUGUUUGUUUAUAUUAUCAGUCGGUUCAGUGUCUUGUGAAAGUUUUGAUGAUCUGUUUCAAUCUGUGGUGAUGAGGCUGAAGACAAAGUGGAUUUAGAGAUGAUCCCUUUUAUUCUUGUCCUGAAAUGAAGUCUUUAUCAGUCCUAGACAUCAGGCAGAGAAUAUCAUUAAUAACCCAUGUACUGAUGAAGUCUGUAGACAUAUUGAAAACCCUGAUUUGAAAAUUUCUGUUUUUGUGACUGAACUUUGCUCCCUGUUGUCUUUCAGGUGGAGACUUUCUCCGGGGUCUAUAAGAAGCUCACAGGCAAAGACGUUGUGUUUGAAUUCCCAGAGUUCCAGCUGUAAAUGCAGAUGACAAAAUAAAUUUGUUUACUGUC